AAGGGGGAGAUCACACUACCCUCGCCAGCCAACAUGAAAAAAGAUAUCGCGGCCAAAGAGCGAGCACUCCAGGCGAGGUAUGUCCACACUGAUCGUCACACCAUUCAGGUGGACUGGCUGCCCUAUAUGGAUGAGCUGGCCGAGUUAACUGGUUGUAAGCCUAACUUGGUCAAACUGCUGCUGACUGACCCCCCUCUGUUCUGGCGUGUUUUGACUGGCCCAGGUGUACCCUACCAGUACCGUCUUCAUGGCCCCAACCCGUGGCCCGGGGCUCGACAGGCCAUCUUCACUGUGAUGGACCGCAUCAGAAAACCAUUUGAGACCCGUCAACUGCCAGAACUUGAGAACCGUCGACCCUCCCUGUUCACUCGACUCUUUGUGACGUCAGCACUAGUUGGAACUCUACUAGCAGUAGCUACCUACAGGAAAGAAAACCUGCUAGAUUAUAUACCCCAUCAGUGGACCGUGAGAAUCUUUUAGAAGUGUCAUGUAUAGUGGCACUAAAGUGAUGAAGCGUCAUUAAACAUGUUAGGAAAUACUUUAAAAUAUAAAUUCAAUUGUUUAAUGUAAUUUAAUAUCGAUUAAUGAAUAUACUGGUGAAGUUGAUGGAGACAAAGGGAAUGUACUCAAUGAUUAACGAUAACACUGUCUUAACUAAAUAUUUGUAAAUAUUCAUCGAAGUGGGCACUUUUAAUGGACGUUAAGGGGGUCGGCGUGGUCGAGUCGGUAAAG